AGGGUAGAAAUUCAACUCAUCGUCCUAGCUUGUGUUGUCAUCUUGAUACACAAAAUUCACAGCUGCAGCCCCGAUGAGGUCAGUGCAAGGCGAAAAGAUGCCGUUUACCAAUUUUAGGCAAAAAUUAUCCGGGUGGUUCAAGAUUACGCAAUGAGGAAUUGUCAUUUUUCAAUGUGUUAAUCAAAACGGUUUAGGUUUCUGUUUCAGCUGUCUCUAAAAUGUAAUGCCCAUAGAUCAGUAUCACAGAGCAAGAGAACAUUUGGAAAAGACAUGACAGAAGUUUCACUCACUGUGUGUUCCUUCUUUCAUUGUCAACCAGCGUUACUGCAGUCUCCACCAUGUUAUUCAUUUAAAAUGAAGCAACACCUUUAUGCAGUUAAUGUGCAUUUUUUAAUUUAUUUAUAAAAUUUAAUUUAUUUAUAUAAACAAGAGCAUCUUACAUAGUUAAUCUGUUGUUUUACAAAAAUUUGUUCAGAUUUUUAUUGCCGCUUUAAAAGUAAAGUUAGAAUUUAUAUUAACAUUUUCUUUAAAUGAAAAUCUCAGAAACAUUCACAAUUUUUAUCCCAACAACAAUGUGUUUUAUAACAUAAGAUCAUUUUCUAUAACCUACAGAUAAUUAUCAUGUGCACACACAAACACAGCAUGGAUGUCAUGUAAAAAAGUCGUUUGAAUUUUGUUCUUUUCUUCUUACCUGUCAUCCAUUCAGAAAUUCAUAAUUUUCUAUCAUAGUUACAAAUUUUAACCUUGUUAUUUGUAAAAGGGAGAAAAUGUAACUAACUUUUUUUUUGCUUGUACAAUCGUGUCCUUAUUUUUAUAAUCUCAGCGCCAGGUUGAGGUUCCAGAGGUGUUUUCCAGCUACAUGCAAGUCAUGCUGGGGAUCAGCUCAAAAGUUUAG